AUGCAUGUGGCAUUUUCCACGAAGGAACUAGAAGAUGUCUCCUAUUUUUUAGGUAUCUCUGUUCAAGCUCAUUCCACUGGUUGUUUUUUAUCUCAGCACAAGUAUGCUCAAGAGCUGCUCCAUAAAGCUGGUAUGGUUCAUUGUAAGCCCUGCUCCAUACUUAUUGCUCAAAAGUCUUCUGAUGUUCCUUCCUCCACUGAUGUACUUCCUUAUGCUCAGCCUUCCUUUUAUAGAAGCAUAGUUGGUGCUUUACAAUACUUAACCAUUACUCGACCUGACAUUGCCUUUGCUGUCAAUCAAGCUUGUCAACAUAUGCAAGCCUCAACUAAUGCUCACUUUGCCCUAGUUAAAUGCCUACUUAGAUAUAUUCAAGGCACUGUUUCUCAUGGUCUUACUUUUAGAAAAGGGUCUUAUGAUCUUUAUGCCUUUACUGAUUCCAAUUGGGCAGGGGAUUGCACUGACAGAAGAUCUACUUCUGGUUUUUGUAUAUAUCUUGGGUCCAACCUCAUCUCUUGGUCCUCUAAAAAGCAACCCACAGUCUCCAGAUCUUCCACAGAAGCUGAAUAUAGGUCUAUGGCUCACACUACAGCAGAAAUUUGUUGGAUUCAAUAA